AGAUCGAAAAUGGCUGAUUGGGGUAUUGCAUUCGACGAGCAGUGUCGAUCGGAAGGGCUUGAAGUGCCAGAAAAGACCGAAAAGGUGCAAUCAGGCUCGGAAAUGGAUCAAAAUGAAGAGAAUAAAGGAUCAAAUGGAUGGGGAAUUAGCCGAGGAGGCAUGUUCGGCGGACCAAAAGCCAGUAAUGCUCCACCACCUCAAACUUCAUUCGGAUCAACUUCGGGAACCCGUGUUGGUGGUUCAUUCGGAGGCCAAGCAGGGGUGGAUGGCCGUGGUGCACCACUUGGUUCAGCAGAAGAACUCAUUGGAGGAGGUAAUAUAAUUUCUGUUGGAAUUCACAAAGAAAAACCUGCAUGUAAACGUGGUGGAGGCUUUGGCACUAACCGCAGCAUGGCACCUUGUCCACCAGCAAUAAUUAAGAAUAACCAUGAAGGAGGACGUUUUGGAGUUUUAGCCCCGAGAACGCUGAGUGGAUCGAUUCCGCAAACUUCUACGAAUCUUGAAGAUUCUACACCAAAGACAUCCACUGGAGGACGUUUUGGAGCAUCAAUCUCUCAAGGUGGAGCAUUCGGUGCAAAAACACAAUCAUCGAGCGUUGCUCCGUCUGUUGGUGGAGGAUUUGGAGUGAAAUCUCCGAAUAUUGUCAGCAACGAUAUGCCUAAAGUUCCGGUAAUGAAAUCGGUUGGUGGCGGAUUUGGUUCAUCUAUGAAGUCACCAGCGACAACCGGAGGAAGUUUUGGUUCCUCUACAGUUGUAGCAUCUAUUCGUUCAGAAGAAAGUUUUGGAAUCAAGUCUUCCGCUUCGGCUGGAGGGUCUUUCAACAGCUCUUCGGCAUCAGCAUCCCAAUCGAGAACUGUGGCUAGCUUUGGAUCGAAACCAUCAAACGAGAAUAUCUCUAGCAAUUCUUCUGCACUUUCUUCAUCUUCAAGCUGUUUUGCAGCAAAACCAACUUCUACUUCAGCUGGAGGAAGUUUUGGAAACCAACCGUCUAGUUUCUCAUCGAAGCCGUCAUUUGGUGGUGCCUUCGGAGCUUCAACAUCCGUCACAGGAAGUUCUUCGAUGGGAGGAUCUUUCGGAAACAAGUCCACAAAAGUUCCAGAUGUUGAAAGCCUAUCACCACCAGAAAUCUUAAGAAACCCAUCAAAUACCUCAGGCGGUGCUUUCGGAUCGAAACCAUCUUUUGCUGCUUCAUCGUCUGAACUUCCUGCCAAUAAGCAUGUCGUCGGUGGAGGUUUCGGUAGAUCAACUGCUCCAACGGUCAAUACCUCAGUUGGUAAUGAGUCUGGGCGUCUGCCUUUCGUAGAAACACGAAAUCCGAAUACUGAACAAGAAACAUCGAGCUCCGUCAGACCAUAUGGAGCGAAUUUCAAUUCAAAAUCCGAACCUGCUCAAAAGAAUCCAUUUGGCGGAAAUUCAAGCUCUACCAAACCAGAGUUCAAGGAAAAUGAAAUGAAGAACUCGAGUGUUCCAAUCAUGCCAGGACAAUCACAACCAAUGAGAGGAGGAUUCCAAGGAGCGUACAGAGGAGGACGUGGAUCAGGCGGAGGGCAAAUGGAUUUCGGCGCCCCCGGUCAAGGACAAUCUAUGGGACGUGGAAGAGGACAACAAAAUCCAGCUUUUGUUCCACGACCAAGAGAUACACCACCUCAGUACGGUGGACACCAAGCUGCACAACAAUUUGUGAAACCGGAUUCGAAGUACAAGUUCACGAAACCGGCAACAGAAGAAGCUCAUGAACAAGUUCCAGUUCCAGCAGAUAUUGCUUUGCUAAAUAAGUUCAUUCAAAAGGAGGUGAAGAUGAUGAAAGACGUUGUCGUUGACGUGCAAAGACAAGACCCAAAAUCUCCUUUGUACUCAAUCUCAUCCUUCCGUGAACUUCGUUUAAAACCCGAAGUACUCAAGGCUCUUGACACGAUGAAUUUCCAGUUCCCAACUAGAAUUCAAGAAACAGCUUUACCACUUCUUCUUAUGGAGCCACCAUCCAACCUUAUUGCUCAAGCCCAAUCCGGUACCGGAAAAACUGCUGCAUUUGUGCUCACCAUGCUCUGCAGGAUUGAUGUCAAUCUGAUGUGCCCCCAGUGCAUUUGUUUGGCACCGACUCUUGAAUUGGCCAAGCAGAUCGGAGAAGUUGUUGAGAAGAUGGGAAAAUUCAUUGAUAAUUUGAAAAUUCACUACGCGAUCAAAGGAGGAAAUAUGGCUGCAAUGAGAGGACGAAAGCUUACUGAACAAAUUGUUAUUGGAACUCCAGGGAUCACUCGCGACUACCUUCAAAAGUACAAGUGCAUUGAUCCGAGCAAGAUCCGUUGCUUGGUACUUGACGAAGCUGAUGUGAUGAUUUAUCAUCAAGGAUUCACUGAUAUCUCAACUACAAUCUAUAAUAUGGUCGAAGAUGCUUCAGAUUCUGUCCAAUCAAUGUUGUUCUCAGCCACGUACGACGAACCAGUGAUCAAUUUCGCAACAAAAAUCAUCAAGAAUGCAAUUGUAGUAAUGUUGAAACGUGAAGAACAAGCAUUGCCGAACAUUAAGCAGUUCUACGUUCAAUGCGCCUGUAGAGAUUCGAAAUAUGCGGCUAUCGUCAACCUUUACAGUGGACUCGCUGUCGCCUCAUCCGUCAUUUUCUGUCACACGAAGGCUAGUGUUAUGUGGUUGUAUGAGAACAUGAGAGCAAGAGGACAUCAAGUUGAUGUUUUACAUGGAGAUAUGACUGUUGUCGAGAGAGCUGAUACGAUCAUCCAUUUCAAGCGCGGCGACUUCAAAGUUCUGAUCACGACGAACGUGUUUGCUCGUGGAAUUGAUGUAGCGCAGGUGUCGGUGGUGAUUAAUUACGAUCUUCCGAUCAAGUACACCGAUGAAGGAACUCCGAUGGUGGUGGAUGGAUUCACUCAACCUGAUUGUGAAACUUACCUCCACCGUAUUGGAAGAACUGGAAGAUUUGGAAAGACUGGUAUUGCCAUUAAUUUGAUCGAUUCAGAAGACUCGAUGAACAUGAUUAAUGUGCUCGAAAAUCAUUUCCAGAUGAAGAUCGCUCGAAUGGAUCCAUCGAAUUUGGUAGAGCUAGAAGCCAUAGAAAUGGCAUAAUCUACAACAUUUCAUACGUUUUACUGCGGGUCAGUGUUUCCCACUCCCCCAUAUACCAAUCUACUUUUUCACUUAUCAAAUACAGUUUGCCCCGAAUUUUUGCUUUCCUUGACAUUGUUGACUCUUUUCCAUUUUUUUUUAUAUUCUCAUUAUUUUAUUAACCAAGCGGAUACUUAACACUUCACCAUCAUCAUCAUCUCCUUUGUAUUUCAGUUCUGGUACGUAAAAUUCUCCAUUUUUGUUACAAUGUGUGGAGAAGGCUUUAGAAACAAAAACGGUUCUAGAUAUUCUAUUAGAGUUGAUUGUUUGUGAGUUUUCGUUUUCGCCUUUAUCUUGUUAUUUGAAUCCGAAUAAAUAUUUCCAAAAUAAACUUUUUUUGCCCGAGUUCCGGGUU